AGAGUCUCAAGAGUCAAGAGUAGUCUAAUAAGAUCUAAGAGUGAGAGGAUUUCUUGUGACGCCUCCACUCAAAACAGACGUCCGACGUUUUUCUUUCUCCAUCAUACUACCUUCUAAGUUCUUACUCUCCCUUCCAAGUUGCAACCCACCCACCAGGCCUAUCCACUCUUCUAUCAUCUAACAUUUCCAUCCGCCCUGGAAGAUUCGAGGAAAGGUAGAAAGGCAACAAGCAUAACUUCCUUCCCGCAACCCCCCCUCAAUCUCCAAUUUAAUAGACGCCGUGCUACGGAAAUACUGCUUCGCAAAAUUCGUGGGCGGAUUAAUAUUAUUUUCCUGGAUUCCUAAAAAGCGUUGAAGGGUCCCUGUUGAUCGACCGCAUCCUCACACUUGCGAAAAAAAAAAUAUCAAGUUCCCCACCACCGCGUUUAUUUGCGCCCAUCUUUGGAUCAUUGGAACGGAUAAAGUCUUCUUCGGAUCCACUUAUUGCUUCGAACACGAACAUUUCACAGUAAACAUCUUGAGCCUCGUAGGAAAGCUUCGUCGCGCUUCGUUCAAGCUACCCCCAAAGAGUUAUCCAUUCUCCAUAAACGGCCUCAAUAUCAUACUGCUUACGGCGCGCAUCACCGUUGUUGUUGUUGACGCAGGGUCCAUUCAAACUGUCCACCGUCUUAUCUGCUUCACAAAACCUCGAAUACGCACAUCCGUUGGCGAAAAAGAAGACUCGACAACUUAAACUUUGAGUAUUUGGACGCGACAAGACCAAUUGGUUUUUUAAAGUCCAUUACAUUUCAACCUCAAGAACUACGGAUCAAUAAUUUCGGUCACAAGUGAUAUAACAGUGAAAAGUUCUUAUGAUUGAGUAGUCGAUCAUUCCAUCAAGAAAGUCCGAAUCAAAAACUCCAUACUCGUUAUGGACAACGCCCAAUAUCAUUCAAACGCGAUGAGCAACGGAAACUCACCAUACUCUCCACUUCCUGGAAUUUCUCCUCACCAGCUCCAACACAACGCGAAUUUGCCUCCCCAUACUUUACCACCUCUGCAACCACAGCAGCACGCGGCAAUGCAACAGCAGCAGCAGCAGCAGCAACAGCAGCAGCAACAGCAGCAGCAACAGUCAUGGAGCGCGCCUCACACUCCACGUACUCCCGGCACACCAAACACACCGGGGUCUGCUAGUUUAGGUUAUUCGCAGGUUGGGGCACAAUCAAGGCCUGCACAGAUGAUGUAUGGAAACUCUUACCAGCAGCAACCCCCGCAACAUCAAUACCGCACCUCAGCCUCGAUGAUGCCCCAAUCGUCAACCGCUUUAUCGCAUAACCAGCCUAUUGCUCCGGCUCCUGCAGCCAGUCGAGGUCCCCCUUUGAGACCUAUGCCUGCGAGUAAUGUCCCACAACACCUCUCGAUGCAUGGAGGUUAUCCUCAAAACAAUAUGCUUCAGCAAGUGCUUACAGAAGAGCCUCCUACCCAUGUAGUGGGUUCUCAGGGUCGAAGAGGAAUAUUGCCCAGUGCACCGGGUCGCCCACAGGUCACUGCUACUGGCCCUGGAUCCACAAAAAAUGCCAUGAUCCCCGCAAAGGAUGCUGAUGGAAAAUUCCCAUGUCCUCAUUGUACUAAAACAUACCUUCAUGCCAAGCAUCUCAAGCGUCAUUUAUUGAGACGUAAGUAUUCUCCCCAUAUUUCACCAGUCACUUGCGGGAUAAAACCUUGACACAUUUCAGAUACUGGAGAUCGCCCGUACAUGUGCGUACUUUGCCGUGACACCUUUUCCCGCAGUGAUAUCUUGAAGCGUCACUUUCAGAAAUGUUCAAUUCGUCGUGGAAACCCUACAGGAGCAAGUCACUUGUCCCAUGCGCAAGCGCAUUUAAAGAAGUCACAUCCGGGACCGAAAGCACAUCAGCCAAUGGGCCCCGAAUCUGAUCUUAUGGGUAUGAAUGGUAUGAAUGGUAUGCCAAAUGAUGGCUCAAUGCACCCAUUUGGUGUGGUUCCCGAUGGAAGUAUUGCCGAUGCUGGUUCUAACUUAACAGAUGAUCAAGCUUCGAAAGCUCCGAACGAUCUUCAGCGACUCGGCAAUCCCGAUAACAGAGACCGAAGGAUUAAUGGACCUGCAGCAGGCGGUUCGAGUCGAUCGAGUUUUGAUCAAGGCUAUGGAGGAGGAAUGCCGAGUACUAUGUCUUCCGCUAUGAACCCUGCCAUGGCAUUCAGUAUGCCAAAUGGUCAGAAUGGUCAUUCUUACAGUCAGAGCUACGAUUUUGCUUCUCAAGGCAACACUGCUAACUUGCAUGCGCAGUCGAUGGAGGGAAUGUCAACUGUUUCUAACGGACGACCUCCGAUGCCUGUCUAUGCAGGAGCGAACGCCAGCCAACAUCCGAUACUCGACUGGCCUCACAUGCAAUCGAACGGUCAAAACAACUUCAUGACUCCCUACAACAACUCGAACCUCACGAACCAACAAAUGCAGAUUAAACAAGAACCUUACAACUCGAAUCUCGCGAACUCACAAAUACAAAUAAAACAAGAACCUUCUAACCACGGGUUAUUCACUGGUGUUGUCUACCCAGGUGCUUCCGAUAUCCCAAGCUCUGAUUUCUCCAAUUGGAACAUCCCAGCUCCAAACGACCCACUCCAGCAAAUUUCAAGCCAAUUGCUAAAUUUUUGCCUUAACGCACAUUCACAACUCAAUGCUCGCAGUCAAGAGAUUAGGAAAUUUCUUUCCGCAGAUAACAUUAAGCACUUCCUUGAACAGUUCAGCAAUUUCCAAGGGCACUUCCCCAUUAUUCACAUGCCAACGUUCCGUAUCACAGAUUCCUAUGAAGGCCUUCUACUAGGUAUGAUCUGCGUUGGCGCGGUUUAUU